UACAUUCAGUGUGUUGAAGCAGCAGCAGCAACAGCAGUGUUGUAUGUGGGUCCUUGGCAAGAGGAUAGCAGCAGUAAGCAGGAGAUACAUCCCAGAGCAAACUGCCCGAACAACAUGGUGGUUUUAAGAAUCGUCCCUUGCCUGUGUCUGCUGGUGGGCUUCUCGCUCCAGGUGGACGAGAAAAGUGGGAAAGAAGCCGGAAAAGCCGGGAAUUUCAUGGAAGAUGAGCAAUGGCUGUCAACCAUCUCCCAGUACGGGCGAAAGAUCAAACACUGGAAUCGCUUCAGAGACGAUGAUUACAUCAAAAAUAUGGAGGAGAACACGGGCUCUGAUGAAACCGUGGACACCACCAAGGACCCUUGCCAGAAUGUGAAGUGCAGCCGCCAUAAGGUGUGCGUCGCUCAGGGCUACCAGAGGGCCAUGUGUGUCAAUCGCAAGAAACUGGAGCAGAGAGUCAAACAGUCAGGCCAGCUGGAGGCUCAUGAAAGCAGCUGCAAACCUUGUCCUGUCACUGCCUCCUCACCUGUAUGUGGCUCUGAUGGACACAACUAUGCCACUGAGUGUAAGCUGGAGCAGCAGGCCUGCCUCACUGGGAAAGAGCUGAGCAUCAUGUGCUCUGGCUUUUGCCCCUGUGCCACAGCCUCCGUUACCCUCACCAAUAUUGACGCAAAACGUGCGAGCUGUACCGGCCAGGACCUGGCAGACCUGGGCGACCGCCUGAGAGACUGGUUCCAACUCCUGCAUGGAAACGCAAAGCAGAAUAACUCUGGCAAGCUCAGAGCUGGCACUGCUUCAGUGCUUGAAAAGAGUCUUGUGGCAAGUUGCAAGGACUCCAUCGGCUGGAUGUUCUCAAGGCUGGACACCAACAGCGACUUGUAUCUGGACCAAGCUGAGCUGACUGCUAUUAACCUUGAUAAAUACGAGGUCUGCAUCCGACCCUUCUUCAGCUCCUGCGACAGCUACAAGGAUGGGAAGGUCUCUACGGCGGAGUGGUGCCUCUGCUUCUGGAGAGAAAAGCCGCCGUGCCUCGCAGAGCUGGAGAGGAUCCAAGUGCAGGAGGCGGCUAAGAAGAAGCCUGGGAUGUACAUUCCCAGCUGCGACGAGGACGGCUACUACAGGAAAGUGCAGUGUGACCAAAGCCGAGGGGAGUGCUGGUGUGUGGACCAGCAUGGUGGAGAGAUGAUGGGCACCAGAAUCCAUGGCAACCCAGACUGUGAUGAAGUGGCAGGAUAUUCUGGAGAUUUUGGAAGUGGCGUGGGAUGGGAGGAUGAAGAGGAGAAGGAGGCAGAGGACACUGGUGAGGAGGCGGAAGAGGAGGAAGAGGAGGAGGGCGAGGCUGAUGACGGAGGAUACAUCUGGUAGAACUGUGUGACCCCACGCAGAGAGCCGAGUCACAGCCGCCGGCCUGAAACUCUGCAGGGAUGGCUCUCUCCUCACAGCAAAGAUUUUGGGAUUGGACGGGGGAGGCAUGGAGUUGUGUUUCAUCCUGGUGGGAUAUGUGGUGCUCGGCAGGUCCAGGGAUGAGACGAUGACCAGUUUUUGUCUUAGAUAUGUGUAAUUGCUUCAUUCUCUUGUCUCUGUUUUUUUGAGCAACAGAGCAUUUUGUUUUGCCGUCCUAAAAAAGCAGGACCCACUGACUACUGCACCAUAGGUAGCUUUCCGACCGCCAUCUAUGCAUAGAGAUUACCAGUCAUUUUGUAUUGUGUGAACAAUUGCUUGAUUAUUAGAGCUGCCGUCCCAAUAGAACAACUAGAGAUCAGAAUUCAAAGGAUUAGACUGACAGUUUGUGGAUAAAUGCUUAUUUGCUUUCUUGUAGAGAGAUGUAUGAAACGCUUCUUGCCUCGCUAACAUACUGUAAGUUCAAGCAAUGAGAUGCCAAGAUUAGCAUAUCAUAAAGACUGGAAAUAGAGGGAAACACCUACCUAAUUUUAAAGCUAACAAAACACCAUUGUGUUCAAAAUCUGUUUCUGCUGCCCUUCAGAGGCCAAUCAAUUAUAAUUAUUGAAGCUUGCGUUACCUGGUUGUGGUUGAAUGUACAGACAGAGUAGUAUCGAUCUUCUCAUCUCUCUCUAAAUAGAUUGUAUAAAAGCGUGUUUCCCAAAAUGUCAGUUCAGUGCAAUGUGAUAAUGUAUAUCCAGUCUGACUCUGUAUAUAAAUCCAAUGAUCUGUGAAGCAAGCUUAGAGGAAUAACGGUUACUAUGGUUUCCAUUUACCUUUAUGAUAAAGAUGCUCCAUAGCUCAUAGCAGUUUUUAAAAUGUAAAUGCUUCAGGAAUUAAGUGAAUACACUCACCUACACAGGACCUACAUUUCGAGUUGGUUUACUUUUAUUGAAAACCUGUAGAAUGUACUUAAAUGGCCCAAACUGCACCUACAGUAGAAACCACUAUUCGCUGAAGUCAUGUCAAAGAAUGUGCCACAACUUCGUUAAUUAUGAGUUUGCAACUUGACAAAACUGUAUUUUGUGUUUAUAUAUAUAUAUAUAUAUAUAUAUAU